CCCAAUGAGAGUGAUUUGGUAAGUCUAUUGACGGGGUCUCCGAGAACACUGAGCACAGAUAUGAAAUUGAGUGGAACAAAGGCUUCCCCCGUUGAAUUGUAGCAAAAUUAGAAAAAGAAAACGGCUUUUCCGGGAGCUCGGGAGGAUUUGUACAUCAAAUUAAUUUGAUUUUGUAAGUUUGUUCAAUCUUCUGCAGCAAUUCCAGCCCCCUUUGCGGCUGUUUGAUACCCCAGUCUCGGCUGACGGCAGGAGGUGCACACGUCUCGCCGAUUCGCUCAAAUACGACUGAACCUCUCACCAAAUAUCCCCGAAGAGACCUACCCCACAUAGAGGGGCACAAUAUACCAAUAAGAUUCGAUUCAGAUUUGAGUAUAUUGAAUUCACUCUUCACUUCUCCCCUUAUCGGACCAGACCGUAUCUCGUAUAUCGGAUUGACCCUCAUCAAUGAGGUGUCUCCUGAUUUAAGAUAAAUCUCCAUCUACAAGUUGAAUUCUGCUUGCUCUACAAAUCCUUAUAACAAACUCCUGCUCUUCACCUUCAACCGUUUGGUUCUCAACAGCUUUUCUCAAUUUUGAGUAGGAACUUUUACCAAUGGAGACCGAUACCAGAAAGUACACAGUCUCCGAGACACCUCUUGGAACAGCUCGACAUGUACGGAUCGUGACAAUCGGUGCAGGUGCAAGUGGCAUUAACAUGAUCCGGACACUUCGAGAGACACUCACCAACUACGAACAUGUCGUUUACGAAAAGAACCCUUCAGUAGGAGGAACCUGGUACGAAAACAGAUAUCCCGGCUGCAAGUGUGAUAUCCCUUCACACAGCUAUCAAUAUUCCUGGAAGCACAAUCCGUCUUGGAGCACUUUUUACGCUCGCGCGGAGGAGAUCGAAGAUUAUCUGUGCAGAGUUUGCGAAGAAAAUCAUCUUGGACCGUCUAUCAAGACCUUACACCAAGUCACAGAAGCUAUCUGGAGUGAAGAGGAAUCAGUUUGGAAGUUGAAGGUGCAGGACCUCAAAAGUUUAGAGGUUGUUGAUGACUAUUGUCAUUUUCUUCUUAACGCGACUGGAAUUUUGAAGUAUGUGCUUCUACUCGCACAAGGCUUGCUCUUCAUUGUACCGUAUCAGGUUGCUAACAGUUUCUAGUAACUGGAAGUGGCCAGAGAUAACGGGCCUCCACAGUUUCAAGGGGGAUCUAAUUCAUACCGCUAACUGGCCAAAAGACUUCGAUAUUACGGGGAAAAGAGUCGCUGUUAUUGGCAAUGGCUCAUCGGGUGUACAAAUCAUGCCGGCAAUACAAAAAGAUGUCAAGCAACUAUUUCAGUUUCUAAGAUCUCCAUUAUGGUUUGUUGUGUUCCGACUCAAUGGGGAUAGCAUACUAAUUUGAAGGACAGGGUUGUGCCACCCCAGCAACAAAUGUUAAGCCAGUCAGUAAAUAUCUUGAAAGAGGUCAAGAUGGAUGGGGACAAGUUCACACCUGAGCAAAUUGAGAAGUUCACUUCCUACCCAGAGUACUAUCUUCGAUUUGUCAAAGCAGUCGAGGAAGAGAUUAAUGGUAAGUUCCCAAUGGUAUGUUUCGUUUCUCACAUUCCAUCAGCGCUCCAAAAUAUAGUCUAACUUCCAUACAAGCUCAUCAAAGACAGCGACACCGCCAAAUAUGCCAAGCAGGUCUUGACAACGUAUAUGACUACUAUGCUAGGUGGCGACAAAGAUUUGGUAAAAGCAUUAGUACCAGAUUUUGCGGUUGGCUGUCGACGGUUAACACCCGCAGUUGGGUAUUUGGAAUGUCUAAGAGCCGAGAACGUUCGAGUGGUUACAGACCCAAUAGACUCAAUCGUUGGGAACGGGAUCAAGACCUCAACUGGCGAAAUUGUAGAGAUCGACGUCUUAAUUUGUGCCACUGGGUUUGACGUCGGUAUCUGUCCUCGAUUCCCAAUUGUGGGAAGGAAAGGUAAUCUCCAAGACCUGUGGAAGGAAAACUUGCCAAGAGCGUAUAUGUCGACCAGUAUUCCGGACUUCCCAAAUUAUUUCAGUAAGUUGUAUACAUGCCCCAUAUCUGUUCUUCAAACCCAAACCCCUAACAUACUACAGUGUUUCUCGGCCCAAACGCCCCCAUAGGUCACGGCUCCGUCAUCACAAUCAUCGAACACGUUGCUACAUACAUAGCCUCCAUCAUCCAAAAAUGCCAAACCGAAUCCAUCCUCUCACUGUCACCGUCCUCCGUCGCUCUGGACGAUUACUACGAACAUAUUGAGGCUUUUAUGCCUAGAACUGCGUGGGCUAGUACUUGUCGGUCGUGGUUCAAGAAUGGAAAAGAGACAGGACCGGUUACAGCGUUACAUCCUGGGAGUCGGAUACAUUGGUUCGUGAUGUUGGAGAAGUUUCGAGGUGAGGACUUCGAGUUUGUUUACGCAACGAAGGGGAAUGCGAAGAAGGGUAAUAGAUUUGGAUACUUGGGCAAUGGAUUCAGUGUCCGGGAGUUGGGAGGGGGUGAUAAGACUUGGUAUUUGGGGAGUCUGAAGGAUGGAGCGAUUUGA